AUGACAAACUCACUAUCGUCGGAAGAACCUACAAUUACUCCCUCAGACUCCAGCUCAAUAAACCACAGGAGGAAACCACAAAGUACAAUUGAUUCGAGUGUUACUAGAUUAUUAGUUUCAACAAAACACUUACUAGAAAGUUUAACACUGUGGGCGAAACAAGAGUCAGAUGAUAAAUUUGUUUCAGAUGCUUAUGUUAAACUUGGGAAUGAUUUUAGAGCAGCAACAAGAGCUUUUAAUAAUAAAGGUAUUGAUGUUUCAGAUUUAGGUGAUGUUCCACAAGCUUUAAGAGCUAUAUUAGAAACUGCAUUAAGUGAAGCACCAUCUCAAGAUAAUCUUGAUAGGUUUUUGCCGAAUAUAAGAAAUAUAAUUGUUACUUUAUUACAAACUUUGAAAGCAAAACAAGCAAAAUUGAAGAGUCUAGCUGAAGAAAAAUCAAGCGAAAAUAUAUCAUUUGCACCAAGUAUAUCAUCAUCAACAGCAAGUAAAGAAGAAGAAAAUUAUAACACAAAUAAGGAUAGAUCAAUUUCUGAUUCAACUAAACCAGCUGAACAAGAGAACAUACCAAGUAGAAGAUCACUACAAGAUCAAACCAGUCAAAAUAUUCCUCAAUCAGCUCCAAAUUCAAAUAAUACGACCACUAGAAUAACUUCCCCACAAAAGGAGAGACUUCUAUCGCCCAACAGAAAUAAUCAAAAUGAUGCACUUUCCCAACUACAAAAAGGAGAUGCACUUCAAAGAAGAGCUAGUAAAAGAUUUAGUGCUUACCAGUAUGCAAAAUUAACUAAUUUUUCACAACAAAAUGCUUUAAACGAAAUGCCCAACACAAUUGAAUCUCAAAUUCCACCAGUGCCUAAAUCACCCGAAGUUGCAAAACAAAGAAGAAGAAAAUCAAUACUAAAAACUGAAGACGAAGAAAACGAUACUGAAUCUGAAUUCUAUAUACUAUUAAAAAUCAAUGAAAGAAUUAAAAAGUCUGUGGUUCAAAAACCUUUGACUUUAGCUACACUUAGGUUAUUAUUUGUUGAAAAAUUUGCUUAUUCACCUGGUUUGGGCAAUUUUCCAGAUAUAUAUAUUCAAGAUCCACAUUCUAAACAUCUGUAUGAGUUAGAAGAAUCGCUAAUAGGUGAUGUUAAAAAGGGAUCACUUUUAUCAUUAAAUGAACCAGACGUACAGACCAAAGCUAUAUCGGACUUGAAUAGUAAAAUUGAACUACUUUCUAGUAAAAUGGAGUCAAUGAAUUCAGAUAUAAUUAAAAAUGUUCAAAGUUCCAUAGCUUCAAUCGAAUUUCCUGCACCAACACAACCCUCACCAUCAACCACUAAAGCAACAACUUCAAAUGAAACAACAGAUAUGGUAAGUAAAAAAGAAUUAAAUAAAAUUGAAAAUGAGUUACGAGUGUUGAAACAAUUAAAUAAUUCACAAACAACCUCCAUUAAAGAAUCUAUAAAGGAUACCCUUACCCAAUUAGAAACCUUACAAGAGACUGGGUUAGAUACAUCACAAGACUCUAACAGACUUUAUAUGGAGUCCUGUCACUCAAAAUUAUCAGAUGAAUCAGAUAUGCUAUUAACAAAAGUUGAUGAUUUACAAGAUUUGAUGGAAGAAAUGAGAAAAGAUGUUGCUCAAAGAGGUGUACGAGUUGGAGAAAAACAACUUAAAAAUAUAGUAAAAGAAAUCAAUGAUGCCAAAACAUCAUUAAAUGAUAUGAAUCAAUUCAUCCUAAAGGAAAAACUAGUCUGGAAAAAGAUUUGGGAGUCAGAAUUAGACAAAGUUUGUGAAGAACAACAAUUUUUCAAUUUACAAGAUGAUUUAACUAAUGAUUUACAAGAAGAUCUCAAAAAGAUACAAGAAACUUUUGCAUUAAUUGAACAAUGUUCAAAAGAACAAACUAAAAAUGGUGGAAGUUCAGCAAAACGUAGGAAUUUCUUUUUAUCAAAUAUUCCAGAACCAGGAGAAAAUUUAAAUAAUGUAAAAGAUGCAGUGUUAAUAGAUAUUCAACAAUUAAAUCCAGAUCAUGAAAGUAGAGUCGAAGCUAUUGAAAGAGCUGAAAAAUUAAGAGAAAGAGAAAAACAAUUAUCAAGAUUAAAUAAAUUUCAAGAAGAACUAGGUGAUUUUGUUGAAGAUAAUAAGCUCAAAAAAUCAGGUGGUAUUGCUGAAUUAGAAAUUCAAAGAAUGCAAAGAGAUAAAGAAAAUUUGAAAAAUUCAUUUGGAAUUGUUUAA